UCCAGGAGACACACGGAAGAUGAACCUUCAUAUUUGGACCACAUGCGUAAAUAGAAAGAGUUUCCUCUUCAGUAAAGGAUGGGGGAAGACACAGAACGCGACAUCGAGGAGAUCAUUCAGGAGAUGGAUUACAUCCCCGGGCACUUCCACUUGGAACUGAAUUUAAACUUCGAGCCUCUCCAACCCGAGAGGCUGCGGCGGAGAGAUGCGAAGCUGAAGCGGGAGAGCUUGCAGCUGGAGGCGGAUGAUGGCGCUCAGCGCUUCGCUGUGCGGAACCUGCUGGGGGUCUUCGCCUUCUACCUGGAGGAGUACCCGGCGGCCGAGGAGAUCUUUUCCAGCGUCUGCCAGGAGGAGCCGGGCAACCUCAAUGCCUGGGCCAACCUGGGCUAUGUGUACGACCGGCUGCAGAAGGAAGGGCAGGCGGCCGAGUGCCUGGAGCGGCUCUCCCAGCUGAUGGCUGGGGAAGAGGGGGGCGAGGCCGAGUCCCUGAGCCCGCUCCGUGCGGCCAGGUGCCUGGCUGAACAGGCCUAUGCCAGCGCCUUCGAUGUGGGACUGCAGAGCGAGGAGGAACACGCUACGAAACUGAGCACAGCCAUCAAACUCUAUGAUAAAGCCUUGCGUUAUGGCAAGAACAUGAUAACAUCAGAAGAAAAAAGGAGUUGGUAUUUCACAAUGGCCAUCAUGUAUAUUAGACUGGAUGGAAUGUUAAUGAACAAGGAUCCCUUCGCUUCUAAGCGACUACUGUUUCUCAAUAGGUCAUUAGUAUUACUACGGGAGGUUCUGAAGUCUGACAGUGCUCAAUAUAAAGCUCUUGCCUGGUGUUAUUUGGGAAUGAUGCUGGAGCGGAUGGACAUCUUCCCUGAUACUCCAAUGGCAGUUCAUGACUGUGGAUUCUCUGGGACUGAUCCACUCGACUGUUAUGGACAGGCUAUUGAAAUGGCAAAAACUGAUCCAUUCAUUCUGAAUCGGCUUGCGAAAGUUUUUCAUUUUCUUGGAAAACAAGACAUGGCGACUGGUAUUUGUAACAUGGCCUUGAAUAUUCUUCCAGACCCGGGAACAAAUUGGCAAGCUUACAGCACAAGGGCGAAGAUUAAUAUGAAACUAUAUACUCAAGGUCUUGAGCGGGUCAAGAUGGGUCACAGUGGAGUGCCAGACAGGCAGCUACUAACCAAAGCAAAAGCAGAUUUGGAUUUAAUAUUGUCUGUGUGCCCCUGUUUAAAGACAUACCUGGAUAUGGGACAGGUUUGUUACUACAUGGGUGUUGACGCUGUGCAGGAACUCCAGUUGGUGGAUGAGAAUGCACUAAACAAUGCUUUAGUUUUCUUUGCCAAAGCCAUGGAGCUUGACAUGGGAGAUACGCUGCCCGAGAUCCAGUUGCUGAGAGGGAAGUGUUUACAGGUCAAAGGGGAGGAGCACAAUGCAGUUGAGUGCUUCAAGCAAGCAAUUGAACUUGAUGAUGUAGGAUCCCAGUACUCUGAGACAUUCCGCUGCCUCAUUGAAUCGCUUUUGUCACUGUUCAUCCAGGAGAAAUCCAGUGAGGAAAUGGUUAUCCGUGAGGUGGAAAUCUGGGUAGAAAAAGCUGAGGCAAAGUAUCAAAUGGAGAGAGUCCGACAGGAACUGCGCUUAAUUUGCCGAAACCAUACGCCAAAGAUUUUAAAACUCUCCAGAGCUAUGAUCAUAGCUGGGAAGCUGCGAAUAGUAAAAUUACUUUUGGAAACAAUGAAUCCUGAUCACACCUGAGUUAGUUAGAUUUUGGUUAAGGAGUUGUUUGAAUGCUUUCACUACCUGUCUUUAAGCACUCACUACUUAAGGGUUUCUGCCAGCAAACCUUGCCUUUCCAGUUUAAUCAGAUGGGCCAAAUGUUGAAUAGCCUGUGAAUUGCAAUUUAACCUAUCUCAUGUUUUCACCAUUAUGUUGCCCCUCUGUUGGCGAGCUGCAGAAAAGGUGUCCCCAGUAUAAAAUACCAAAUAGAUGACAGCCAGAAUUUGAUUGGAAUAUGAUUCUUUCAAAGUGAUUUGUUCACCUUUUAUUAAACACUCACAAAUGUCUCCUAACCAGGCUAAACAUACAUUGUUUUUAGACACACAGGAGUGAGUAAUGUGACCUAGAUAGCACCUUCCUGAUGAAUCUCAGAUCUUUUUGGUUUUCUGGAAUUCUCUGGCAGAAAUAUUUAAUCUAUAAAACGUCAUUAAAAUGCCAGGUCAAAUGUAGUAUUGGUUAAUCAAAGGAUAAAACACAACCUACUUUACUCAACAAUGUGACUCAACUCAAAUAUCAGUUGAACACCUACCACUCUAUCAGAUCAUUUCCUACACAAGCCACCCUGGAACCCUUUGGGAGAAAACCCUGUUUCAGAAUGAGCAUGUGGUGAGCAUUAAGUAGCUGCAGUCUUAUGAACACUGCUCUAAAUUCAUUCUGCUCUGACCACUCUAACUGGCAGAGAACAGUUUUAUUGCAGUUCAUAGAGAGGAGAGGGGGUUAUCUUAAUCAAUCAUCACCCAGAUCCUCAUCUCACUUUCGGAGCAUGUGUUGUGGUAAUAUGCCACAGAUAUAAUAACUUGGAACUCACGCUGGUAAUUCUCAUUGGUCUGUUUUUCUUUUUAAACUUCUAAAAUUUUGAAUGCCAGCAGAAUCACAGCUGUCUGAUGAGAUUGAACCUUUUUGAUUUAUUGGAUUUAAACUGCUUACUUGCAAAGUAAGAAUUGUAUGAAAUUGAAAAUUAUAGCGAUGUGAUCUAAUGAAUGACUUUGUACCCUUAUUGUACUUAAGUAAGUACAAUGCUGAAGUGAUUCAAACACCAGAUAUCUUUGAGCAUGAGUGCUUGAGGCCGACACUUCAAGCACAGAAUUAUUGAUUUAAUGAAAAUGAACUUAGCUUCUCCAGGUGUGGUGGUCUACUUCAGCUGUGGCUUUGGUGACAAAGGGGGUCCUUGAGGCAGCUUCUGUGAUAUCUUUGGCAGCUUGGUGUCCAGCCCAAGAUUCGGUAGCUUCCAUGGCAGCUUUCUGUGACAGCGGAGAAUGUGAUCCCUGUCUUUUCCUCAACCUUGGGGACCCAUGAGCCGAGAAUUGAACAGAGAUGGACUUGGUCUUGAAUUUUUUUUUAUAUACAAUUGCUGGUAUUCAUUUAGGUAGUGGAGUUGGUGACUUAAACACUUCUCACUGUAAUUAUUUUGUAAAAACAGAAAUGGAAAUAAAUUACUAUUCUAUUCAAAAGCCAAA